AUGUGGGUCGAUGUGAAGAAGGCAUUCGUACGCAAGUGGGCCGCGUUCUUCAACGGACUGGAGGAUCGUCACGGCCUCAACCCGCUGAACAAAGAUCACCUCUGGCUCCUGCAGUGGCUAUUCCUGCCGGACAUCAAUGACGAUGCAACGCAGUUUCAGAAUCAGUGGAACUUUCACACCCUGUCGCUGGCUGAAGGCAACCGUCGCCCGGUCGAUCUCUUCAUCAGCGGCUGUAUCGAGUCCGGAGCCAGAGGCAUCGACAUGGAUAUGGGCGAGGAUCCGCAAUAUACUUGCGAUCCUCAACGAUAUAGGGCUGAAGGAGAGAUACCAGCAGCCGGUUCUGUCGAAGGUAUCAUACCCAAUCCUGGGUUCAACUCGUCAACUGAGCCUCCUUCUCGAGGAGACGAAUUGCCACACCGUCUCAACACGGUCGACUUGCCUGUGCCCCGUUGUCGACUGACUCCUCGUCAGCUGCUGGAGCUGAAGAGGAGCAUAGAGCUGUAUUCCUCCAGAUCCGAUGACAUCGCGCUGACGGAAAGAUGGAGAGUUUCUCUACGGGCUUGCACAUCUUUCAACCUGAUGGAUUAG